CCUGCUGAUGGCGCCUUACAAGAGAAGAAGAACCGUGAACGCCACUGAGCUGUUGAGCCAGAGGGGCAGAGGUAUCAGGGAUGCCGGGACCAUGAUCAGACACAAUAUGAAGGUCCUUAGAGCUCUCACUUUUCAGGAGAGCAGGAAUUUCAUUAAAGUAUGGAGCAAGAUCUCAAAAUCUACAAUAACGUAUGAGAAUGGUAAAAUCUACUUUGAAAAUUAUCAGACCUGCUACAGUUGUGUUCAUUCAGAGCCUCAAGUUCUAUACAAGCUGCCCAAGAGGUCGAAGUUGGAGAAAUUUGAAGAUGCUUUGCUGUGUCAGAGCCCACUUGACAAAACAUUAGCUUCCCCAUCUGAUCAUAAACCCAGCCUCUUGGCUUUGACAGCCAAUAACUGGCUGUAUCGCCUUUCAGCUGAAACGGGAGAAGAGCUGCAGAGAGUUUACCUCUCUUCAAAACACAAGUUCAGGUAUCUUAGCUGGGAUGUUUCUCAGGAAAUGUUUUUUGUUAAGUCUGUUCAAAACAAAGAAACAUCUUUAGAACGACAGGCAGGUAUUAGUCAGAACACAGUGAUGCACCUGGCCAUCUUUCAUGUUUUCCCCUUGCAAAUUGUGGGCAUUUUGGAGAUUACCAAAAAGAUAUUUGGAAAUGGCGUUACUGAUGUUGUACUGUCUCAAGGUGUCCUCGUGGUGUCUUACAGCAACAAAUCAGUGAAGCUGUACAGCUUCGAGUACAUUAUCCAAAGGUACUUGACAGAGAAGUUAACACUUGGAAAGGAGAGCUCACUUCUUGGAGGCAAAACAGUGGGAGAUAUCCCAUUUGGCAUUCCAGUGAAUAUCCAGAUCACAGAUUGCCCUCCAGUGCUUUUUGAGGUGUCAUGCUCUAACAACAGUGUCCAGAUUGGUGGCUACCCUUGGCACUACAUCUACACUCCACCACAUAAAAAUCACAGAGGGACUCACCACAUCUGUGCACUCAAGGACAGCACUACGGCAACAAAUGGAAUACAAAACAUGAACUGCUGCUCUCUAGAGAAUGAUGGGAUCUUCUUCCACCCAGAUGACUCAGGAAGAAUCAUUCAUGUUGGACCGUCCAUCAUAAAUGUCCUAAAGAUCCUUGGUGAACCGAACAGUGGUUUUCCAUCAAAGGUAGUUGAAGAUUUCUCUAUGGUGACCCGUCGAAACAACCCUCCUGCAUCACAAGUCACUUUCACCUCAUCGGGCCGCACGGUGAAGAGAAGAUUUCAUCAGCUGGAUGAUGACCCAGAUCAAGAGACUUUCCGUACGGUGGAGUAUGAAGACGAGCUGAACCUUUUGGCAGUAGUGGUAACUAAUGGUGAGGAGGGGGAAGGAAAAGCCCACAUCCAACUGCAUGACAACCAGAGCGGGCAGUUACUUCGGACGGUUGAUCUGAUUGAGCCUUGGGAUGAGACUUAUCGGCACGAGCUGUUCUUUGACAAAGACACAAUUGUUCAUAUUGAACAAAAGAACACCAGCUUCUGCUGCCAUGUUUACAAGCUCAAGGCUGCCAGAAACUAAGUGGCACAAAAAUGAAUUAAGCUCUUGGAAAUCAAGUCUCUGCACAUUAUUACAGUUAAUCAUGUUCUGAGUCACGUGAAUUUUUUUUACCUUGUUUUUCUUAAAUUAAAAUGUUAUAUAUAUUUUCAAUUUUUUGCAUUUCUUCCUCGUGUGUUUCCAUAAUAUUCAUCCAGAUAUUAAGACGAUUGAAAGUUACUUGUAACGUGUAAUAUGUAUCUGUUUGAAAGAUUUUCUACUUGCUUUCACAACCCACAGUUUUGUGUAAUAUGUAUCUGUUUGAAAGAUUUUCUACUUGCUUUCACAACCCACAGUUUUAAUGUGUUAGUUUAUUCUUCGAAGUAAGUAGUGCAACCCUGUUAUUCAUUUGAAAGUGCAGGUUUUGUAUCGAGCUGCAGUUGUACACAAAUGUAUUCCGUUAAUCACACAGAAAAUUACAAUUAAAAAAUUACUUUUAUAAUUUUUU